AUGGAAAUACGAGAGAAGCAGCGACAGCAUAUUCGCAAAGAUCAGUCCGACAAUCUGGACGAUGCUACUCUAGAACCGACUGCCAUAUCUCGAAGACAGGCCGAACUGGUGGAGGCAAAUGAGCGACUGCAGCGCACAGCUCAGACGGUCUCGUUCUACUACGCGAGCUACCCGAUCGACGAGACCAACAAUGGAAAGAGGAACUUGGAAACGUUAGUGCAUACGUACGCGGGGAGCUCUCGAUGGGACCUUAUCCAGCGUGGAUAUCUCGCACCCCAAGACUCCAGCUAUAAUACCGCGAUGAAUGCACACACUCGCUUCGCACUCCCUUUGAACACCCACGGCAGUCUCAAGCUCCUACAUGACAAGACCCAAGCGAACGUUGACAACAGGACUGACAAGGCGAUCAACCAGACUGCCGCAGCCACCACCACCACGAAUCAGCAGCGUCACAACUCGAAGUUUUCGCAAAAGAUGAGGAUGCUGCUUCCCGGCAAAAAAACCAAUGCCGGGUCGGCAUCGGAGGACAGUAAGGCCACGGUGAGCGUGCGGAAGCGCGCAACAACGGCCCAUCUCAUCAGUUCGCACGCAUUCGUGCAGCUAGGUCGGCCCUAG